UUAUCUUGAGUAUAAGCCAAAAUUGUAAAGUAUAAAUGCAUGGACCUUUAAAUUUGGUAAACAAGCUUGCAAAGUUUUUGUAGCUCAACAUGUGCAUGCAGGUGUAACUAGCAUGAAUAGAUACCCUGGUAGAUCCUUUAAGGUUUGCUGUACGACAAGGUGUUUAUUGGUAAAUAAGGACAGACAAGUCGGCACUGUAGACGUGACAACCAUUUAAGGUUUUAUGUGAAAUUUUUAAAGACAAUGGAUGACUCGGUACGAGGUCAGGAACUUAUUGUUUGUUCCAAAUGCAAAGAAGAUGCUGUAGAAUAUUUUUGUGUCUCUUGUGAACUUGAUCUUUGUCGCAAAUGCAAACAGGAACAUAACGAAGCAUUGGGAACUCGGAGCCAUGACAUCAGAGUAUACAGAGAAAAGUACAGAGAGAGCUUGAUAGAUGAAAAAUGUCAGCUACAUCCGCAGUCUGAUGAGUAUUAUAGCCAAUAUUGCCAUGAGUGUGGUGUUCCUGUUUGUAAAUUAUGUGCACAGAGUCCAAGUCACCAUAGUCAUACGCUAGAUGACCUAAAUAGCUUGUAUCUUCAAUACCGCGAAAAAUACAGAGAAUGGUAUAAGAGAAUUCGACUGGAACUCCUUCCUCAAGUUAAAAUCGAACAGGAUAAUAUCGAAAAGGAUCUGGAAAGGAGGAAUAGACAGUUCACAGAAAUAUUGAAACGUUUAGAAGAACAGGCUAAAAACUUAAAAACUCUCAUUGAUGAGGUAGUGGCCGAACACAGAAGUUCUAUCACAGAUCUCCAGAAUUCUCAACUCAGCACCCUGCAAAAUUCUGGCCAGGAGCUACUCUCGAAUGAAAAAAAGUUGAACAAUAUACUUGAGGGAUUUGAAAAAUCAGCCAAUAUGCCUGCAACAUUUUUCUUUUAUGUGAAAGAAAACCCCAUUGUUGAGCUAGAAAGUCUGAAUAUUAGCAAAUUACCAACACCCUAUUACAAAGAGGCCAAUUUCAACAAAAAUGACAUUCAAACUUUAAUUGGGGUCAUUGGAGAGGAAACGCAGAAACAAAUUUCACGAACCCCGUCCCGGACCCCAUCGAUGGAGGCAGAGGCUGUGAACACUGUAACGGAGAUGAAGUUAAACAUUCCACAUAUAACUCAUGUUCGUCAUAUUUCCUGUGGAACGUCAGACCGCUUGUGGAUCAGUGGAACAGAAGAUCUAGUCCUAACAGACAUUAAGACUAAAAAGACAUUGUACAAAUUACCAGUCACUACAGAUGGGUAUGGCUGUCAUUCCGUUAAUCGUGAGGGAGCUUUGAUUUUCAUAGAUGGAGCCUCCAAUAUCAAGAAGCUGUCAGAAGGAAGGGAGGCAGAACUUCUGAUGAGAACUACAGAGCCAUGGAAACCUAUCAGCAUUCACUGCUCACACUCUUCAGAUACUCUGCUGAUAGGGAUGAUCAUUCCAUUGAAAAGCGCUAAAGUGGUCUGCUACAACGGAGCAGGUCAGGAAAUUCAGACUUUACAAAAUGACCACAGAGGAAAACCACUGUAUGAAGCCCCAGCAUACAUCACAGAAAAUAACGGUGACGUGAUCGUAUCAGACUACAAGAGAAGGGCAGUGAUAGUGAUGGAGAAGACAGGGAAACACUGCUUCUCCUACAGAGGUCCACCAUUAGGGUCAACAACAGAGUUAUGGCCUCGUGGUGUCUGCACUGAUAGUCAGACAAACAUCCUCGUGUCAGACUUCUAUACACAGAUGGUGCACAUUGUUGACAACGAUGGUCACUUCUUGCGAUACUUGCACGUGGACCAAGGAUUACGCAAACCUUUUGGUUUAUGUUUUGACAGUGAGAAGAAUAUGGUUGUUGUGGGCUCAUAUGAAAUCAAUACAGUCCACUUGUAUCAUUAUCUACAGUGACUUGGAAAAUAGAUUACUGAUUGCAUCUGUCUUGAUGUAUAAUGUUUGUGAUAAACAGUUAAAGGAUGUUCUGUACUAAGUUACUCUGUCAGUACCAUUGAUGAUCUUUUUAAAG